AUGUCACAUGUCAACGAUCCGGAGAGGCUUUCUGAGUUCCACGGUCCGGAUUCGGACGGCGGUCCGCCAGUUGCCGACCGUUGGAUGUUGUUUGAAGAUGAAUGUGAAGAAUAUUUUUUGUAUAGUGAAGACGAACGAUCAGAAUUUAUGUUUCGGUUGUUGCGGCAUUUCUCAACCGGUGGUCAAUGGUGUCAAGACGACGUGGUUAUCGAACCGUAUUUGAAUGCAAUAAAAUACGUUUACAAAGAUCUACUCGAUGUCGAAAAAGUUCCCGGCUCCGGAAUAAAAGUCUCGUCCAAGAUGUAUAAAGUUGUUGCUUUCGAUUCUAACAACACAGUCUUAUUUCCAAAAGAAUUCAGAAAUUCUAUACCCUAUAGUUUUGCUUAUUUAGCAAUAAAUCCUAAGACUCGGACUGUUGCAUUAUUUUAUCAUAAUGUCGGCGACACAAUUUAUACUUGA